CCUCUCUCCCUGAAGCGAUAUCGGCCUUGACGACCGCGGGAGAUGUGCGCACCCUACCAAAUGCGACCCUCGCCACUCCACGUCUAGUCGCUUCUUCUCCUGAUACAUAUGGCUGCGCAAUCUUUGUGCUCUUGAAUGCCUCCCACGGCAUCAUUAUCGUUAUGUUACCAAUCUACAGAUGAACGGCUUGGGGCUACCACAUGAGAAUUGCUCAUCAAGACUCUCCCCAGGACCACUUUGUUUCCUGGGCAUCCACGUCUCUUACGCCCCCACCCUCCCCCCGCUUUUCUUCGCUUUCCUUCCUUUUGCGAUGUUCAGACCAUCUCCCACGUGUAACAUAAAAUACUAUACUCAUAUCGAUGUGACUUGCGGAUCCCACGCCCAGACUCUUGCCUACGACAACAUGCACACUCACACGCGUCUAGAUAAAAGUAUCUGUUCAGCCUGCCAUCUCUCACGUCUAUCGAUCGCUGGCAUGCAUGCAUGCUGAGAUCUCGAAUGAAUCGCGAGGGUUGAGUGUAUACGUCGACCGCACGACAUGAUCCUGCUGCG